GUAACAUGGGUUUUCGCUGCGAAGGUGGAUAUAAACUGUAUGUCGGCUUUGGUAGUUAUGAGAUUCUUAAUUGUACAGCGGAGCUGCAGCGGGAUUGGGAACAUGUUGAAGUUCGGGCGAAUCCAAGAGGAGGAUUUACGUUGUGGAUGAAAAUGGAUGAGGAUCUCGUGCCAAUUGCCCGACAAGGUGCAACUCAGAUGAUGAUGUUGGCAGAAAGUUCAACCCGAGUGAGCUUUAAAAGACUUGAUUGAAAUAUUUCGCUUAUGGCUUUGGAAGAGUUUUUAUCAUUGAGGGAAACUGAAAGUUGUGUUGUAUCUUCCUAUUCCCUUGUGGCUCCAUAUGCUCUAAAGCCUUAACUAACAAUAGAUUCCGCUGUAAAGCACUUCCAUUGUGAUUGUCUUUAGCUAAUUUUAAUCUGGUAUCGUCGUCUCAACUUAUUGGCUAUAACAACCCUAAAUAUAGG